AUGUCGUUAUCAUCAUCAUCAUCACUUAAAGAUGAAAAUACAUAUGAACAACUAUUGGAACAUAUAAAAGAGUUUUUAAUAAUAAACAAGGUUAAAAGGAGAGUUGUAGAUUUAAUAACAGAUGAAAAUGAUCAUAUCAAAUUAUAUAGAUAUUUAUUAUUUGAUUUUUCAGAAUCAGUGUCGGCAAUGGUAAAGAGAUAUAUUAUGUUUAUCAAUGUGGGUGUUCAAGAGGAUGGUAUUCAAGAAACAAUUAAUGAAUACAGGUUUGGCAGAGGAGAAGAUUAUAAAGAUGUCGACGAUUGUAAUAUAAGAACAUUGGUAUUUAAAAUUGGUUCAAGUGAAUACAAUAUAACUUCAAAAAUAGAUGAAACUGAAUUUAUAGAGUGUUUCAUAAAUACUCAAGAUCUCAUCAACUUUACAAUUAGAUUCAUCUCCAAAACAGUUAAAUACCACAAUCUUUCCAGUUUUUGUGAUUCAGUUGAUUCAAAUUCUAGUUCAUUUAAAACAAUUAGUUAA